AUUAAAGCUUUCACAUCACUGCACUUCCUGGCGGAACCUUCCGAUGCAGUCACUAUGCGAGGAGGCAAUGUCCUCCUGAACUGCUCUGCACAGUCUGACCAAGGAGUCCCAGUUAUCAAGUGGAAGAAAGAUGGCAUCCACCUAGCCUUGGGAAUGGAUGAAAGGAAACAACAACUUCCAAACGGGUCUCUGUUGAUACAAAACAUACUUCACUCCAGGCACCACAAGCCGGAUGAGGGACUCUACCAAUGUGAAGCAUCUUUGGGAGAGUCUGGUUCCAUUAUUAGCCGGACGGCAAAAGUUGCAGUGGCAGGACCACUGAGGUUCCUUUCUCAGACUGAAUCUGUCACAGCCUUCAUGGGAGACACGGUGCUACUCAAGUGUGAAGUCAUUGGGGAGCCCAUGCCAACCAUACACUGGCAGAAGAACCAACAAGACCUCACUCCAUCCCCCGGCGACUCCCGUGUGGUGGUUCUGCCCUCUGGAGCAUUGCAGAUCAGCAGGCUGCAGCUGGGGGACAUUGGGAUCUAUCGCUGCUUAGCACGAAAUCCAGCCAGCUCAAGAACAGGCAACGAGGCAGAAGUCCGAAUUCUAUCAGAUAAGGGUAUGACUAAAGCUUUUCUCAUUUUGCUAUCUCUUCUCGUUGAAGUUUCUGGAGACACAAAUAUCAUUUCUUAUGUUUGGUCCAAAAAAUAUUCUUUAUUGGGUGGAAGCAACUUGCUUAUCUCCAACGUGACAGAUGAUGACAGUGGGACUUACACCUGUGUUGUCACAUAUAAAAAUGAGAAUAUUAGUGCCUCUGCAGAGCUCACAGUCUUGGUUCCGCCAUGGUUUUUAAUUCACCCUUCCAACCUCUAUGCCUAUGAAAGCAUGGACAUUGAGUUUGAAUGUGCCGUUUCUGGGAAGCCUGUGCCCACGGUGAACUGGAUGAAGAACGGAGAUGUGGUCAUUCCUAGUGAUUACUUUCAGAUAGUGGGAGGAAGCAACUUACGGAUCCUUGGAGUGGUGAAGUCAGAUGAAGGCUUUUAUCAGUGUAUGGCAGAAAAUGAGGCUGGAAAUGCUCAGACCAGCGCGCAGCUCAUUGUUCCUAAGCCUGCUAUCCCAAGCUCCAAUGUCCUCCCUUCUGCUCCCAGAGAUGUGGUUCCUGUCUUGGUUUCCAGUCGGUUUGUUCGACUCAGCUGGCGCCCACCUGCAGAAGCAAAAGGGAGCAUCCAAACCUUCACAGUCUUUUUCUCCAGAGAAGGUGACAACCGGGAACGAGCAUUGAAUACAUCCCAGCCUGGGUCCCUUCAGCUUACUGUGGGAAAUCUGAAGCCAGAAGCCAUGUACACCUUCCGAGUUGUGGCCUAUAAUGAAUGGGGGCCAGGAGAAAGUUCUCAACCCAUCAAGGUGGCUACUCAGCCUGAGUUGCAAGUUCCAGGGCCAGUAGAAAACCUGCAAGCUGUAUCUACUUCACCUACCUCAAUUCUUGUUACCUGGGAACCCCCUGCCUAUGCAAACGGUCCAGUCCAAGGUUACAGAUUGUUCUGCACUGAGGCAUCCACAGGAAAAGAACAGAAUAUAGAGGUUGAUGGACUAUCUUAUAAGCUGGAAGGCCUGAAAAAAUUCACGGAAUACAGUCUUCGAUUCUUAGCUUAUAAUCGCUAUGGGCCAGGAGUAUCAACUGAUGAUAUCACAGUGGUUACACUCUCUGAUGUGCCAAGUGCUCCACCACAGAACAUCUCCCUGGAAGUGGUUAAUUCGAGGAGUAUCAAAGUAAGCUGGCUGCCUCCUCCAUCAGAAACACAAAAUGGAUUUAUUACAGGCUAUAAAAUUCGACACAGAAAAACGACCCGCAGGGGUGAGAUGGAAACACUGGAACCAAACAACCUCUGGUACCUAUUCACAGGAUUGGAGAAAGGAAGUCAGUACAGUUUCCAAGUGUCAGCCAUGACAGUGAAUGGCACUGGACCACCUUCCAACUGGUACACAGCAGAGACCCCAGAAAAUGAUCUUGAUGAGUCUCAGGUUCCAGACCAGCCAAGCUCUCUUCACGUGAGGCCCCAGACCAACUGCAUCAUCAUGAGUUGGACUCCUCCUCUGAACCCAAACAUAGUCGUGCGAGGAUACAUCAUUGGUUACGGUGUUGGCAGCCCUUAUGCUGAGACAGUACGUGUGGACAGUAAGCAGCGAUAUUAUUCCAUUGAGAGGUUAGAGUCAAGUUCUCAUUAUGUGAUCUCCCUAAAAGCUUUUAACAAUGCAGGAGAAGGAGUUCCUCUUUAUGAAAGUGCCACCACUAGAUCUAUGACAGAUCCCACUGACCCAGUUGAUUAUUAUCCUUUGCUUGAUGAUUUCCCCACCUCGGUCCCAGAUAUCUCCACCCCCAUGCUCCCACCAGUAGGUGUACAGGCUGUGGCUCUUACCCAUGAUGCUGUGAGGGUCAGUUGGGCAGACAACUCUGUUCCUAAGAACCAGAAAACGUCCGAGGUGCGACUUUACACUGUCCGGUGGAGGACCAGCUUUUCUGCAAAUGCGAAAUACAAGUCAGAAGACACAACAUCUCUGAGUUAUACGGCAACAGGCCUCAAACCAAACACAAUGUAUGAGUUCUCGGUCAUGGUAACAAAAAACAGAAGAUCAAGCACAUGGAGCAUGACUGCACAUGCCACCACAUAUGAAGCAGCCCCGACCUCUGCUCCCAAGGAUUUGACAGUCAUUACUCGAGAAGGGAAGCCCCGAGCUGUCAUUGUGAGCUGGCAGCCUCCCCUGGAAGCCAAUGGGAAAAUUACCGCUUACAUCUUGUUUUAUACCUUGGACAAGAACAUACCAAUUGAUGAUUGGAUUAUGGAAACAAUCAGUGGCGAUCGGCUAACUCAUCAAAUCAUGGAUCUCAACCUCGACUCCACGUAUUACUUUCGGAUUCAAGCACGAAAUGCUAAAGGAGUUGGGCCCCUGUCUGAUCCCAUCCUCUUCAGGACUCUGAAAGUGGAACACCCUGACAAAAUGGCUAAUGACCAAGGUCGUCAUGGAGAUGGAGGCUAUUGGCCAGUUGACACUAAUUUGAUUGAUAGAAGCACUCUCAAUGAGCCACCCAUUGGGCAGAUGCACCCACCACAUGGCAGUGUCACUCCUCAGAAGAACAGCAACCUGCUUGUGAUCAUCGUAGUCACUGUUGGCAUCAUCACUGUGCUGGUGGUGGCAAUUGUGGUUGUUAUUUGCUCCCGACGCUCUUCAGCCCAGCAGAGAAAGAAACGGGCCACCCACAGUGUUGGCAAGAGGAAGGGCAGCCAGAAGGACCUCCGACCCCCUGAUCUUUGGAUCCAUCAUGAAGAAAUGGAGAUGAAAAACAUCGAGAAGCCUUCGGGCACUGACCAUACAGGCAGAGACUCCCCCAUCCAAAGCUGCCAAGACCUCACACCAGUCAGCCACAGCCAAUCAGAAACCCAACUGGGGAGCAAAAGCACCUCUCACUCAGGUCAAGACACUGAAGAAGCAGGGAGCUCCAUGUCUACCCUGGAGAGGUCACUGGCUGCACGCCGAGCCACCCGGGCCAAGCUCAUGAUUCCCAUGGAUGCCCAGUCCAACAAUCCUGCUGUUGUGAGCGCCAUACCUGUGCCAACUCUAGAAAGUGCCCAGUACCCAGGAAUCCUUCCAUCUCCCACGUGUGGAUACCCUCACCCACAGUUCACCCUCCGGCCUGUGCCAUUCCCAACACUGUCUGUGGACCGAGGUUUCGGAGCAGGAAGAAAUCAGUCAGUGAGUGAAGGACCAACCACACAACAGCCACCUGUAUUGCCUCCAACUCAACCUGAGCAUCCCAGCAGUGAGGAGGCACCAAGCAGAACCAUCCCCACGGCCUGCGUUCGACCAACUCAUCCACUCCGCAGCUUUGCUAACCCUUUGCUACCUCCGCCAAUGAGUGCAAUAGAACCGAAAGUUCCUUACACACCGCUUUUGUCUCAGCCAGGGCCUGCUCUUCCCAAGACUCAUGUUAAAACAGCCUCUCUUGGGUUGGCUGGAAAGGCAAGAUCCCCUUUGCUUCCUGUAUCUGUGCCAACAGCCCCUGAAGUGUCUGAGGAAAGCCACAAACCAUCAGAGGACCCAGCCAAUGUGUAUGAACAAGAUGACUUGAGUGAACAAAUGGCAAGUUUGGAAGGGCUGAUGAAGCAACUUAAUGCCAUCACAGGCUCGGCCUUUUAA